AUGGAGACUGAUCAUCUACCAAUCACGAUUAGCGACCACGCGGAGAAACUCACGUGCGACAUCACAGACAUAUCGGGAUACGAUAUGAUAUUAGGGAUACCCUGGUUACGAGCGAGUAAUCCCAGAGUUAACUGGAGAACCGGCCAACUCCAGUGGGACACGCCAGGAAGGAAUUACGCCUCUACGCAGCCGCGAGAAAGCGCCGCAAACGAAUUCAGAAAGACACUUCGGAUCAACGUCAUAAUCAAGGAAUCUAAGGCAAAAGUCAACAUCGCAAUACCCGAAGAAUACCAAGACUACGCCGACCUGUUCAGUGGAGAACUGAAGACAGGACUACCACAGCACACGCAAUUCGACCACGAAAUACCCCUCAAAGAAGGAGGAAAGACACACUUCAUACCGACAUAUCGAUUGCGACCAGAACACGAGGAAGCACUCAAAGAAUAUCUCGACGAGAACCUAAGAAAAGGUUACAUCCGCCCAUCAACAUCAGAGGCAGGAUACCCAAUCCUCUUUGUACCAAAGAAAAGCAAAGACGGAAAAACGAAAUGGAGACUCUGCAUCGACUUUCGCAAGCUCAACGAAAACACAAUCAAAAACCGAUACCCGCUACCACUGAUUAGCGACUUACGAGACAAACUGCACGGAGCCCAAUGGUUCACUGCACUCGACCUACCAAACGCCUACGGACUCAUACGCAUCAAGAAAGGCGAAGAAUGGAAAACCGCCUUCAGAACCAAAUACGGACACUACGAGUACUUGGUUAUGCCCUUUAGAUUAACCAACGCACUAUUCGGAAAGAUUGGCACGCCACUGACGAACCUGACGAAAAAGGACCUACCAUUCCGAUGGACAGAAGUCGAGCAGACAGCUUUCGACACCCUAAAGAAACGAAUCACCGACGAACCAGUACUCAAGAUGGCAGACCCAGACAAGCCAUUUGAAGUCGAGACCGACGCGUCCGACUACGCAAUCGGAGGACAACUCAGCCAGCGAGAUGACAACAACAAGCUACACCCAGUAGCGUUCUUCUCGAAAAAGCUCAACGGACCCGAGCUUAACUACCAGAUCCAUGAUAAAGAGCUUAUGGCAGUCAUCGAAGCAUUCCGAGAAUGGAGACACUAUCUUAGUGGAACCACCCACAAGGUCAAAGUUUACACCGACCACAAGAACCUCACAUCUUUCCUUACAAACAAAGAACUCAACAAACGACAAAUCAGAUG